CUUGCGCAACUGGUCUGGUUUUGUUGGAAACAUUGGUGUUGGGGUCGCAACAAAAAUAAUAUUAACAUAUUUGCAGAAUGGUAACUUGAAAAAAAUCAUGAAAUUCGGCCGCAGAAAAAUAUGUUUUUUCAUUGUUUUACUGUAUCUGAUAUUUUCUUUGUAUGCUGCAUAUAACGUUUUUUUCAACACGAAAGCUAUAUCGAGAGUCCACAGAGUGGUGAAGAAAAUCCCAGCCGCUGGUGUGCCGGGUUUGGGCGGGGGGCUCCGGAGCGCCGCGGUCCCGGCAGGCGGGGCGGGUUGGAACCCGUGGGAGGAUGAAUUGGCGGAGUCUGUCUCCGCCCUGCAUCGGAGGCGGCUGGAGUUCAGAGCCUACCAGGCCCGAAUCGCCCAGCACCGGCCCCGGACACACACGGUCCAGAUCUGGGGCAAAGCUGCCAUCGGCCUGUAUCUGUGGGAGCACAUUCUGGAAGGCACCCUGAGCCCUGCAGACCCAAAGGCCCAGUGGAGGGAUGGCGAGGUGCAGUCUGGGAGCAUCACCUUCAGGUUCUGUACGGGUCCUGCGGUGGUUGUGGGGCAGGCUCCUCUGCACACGCAGAGUCUGGUUCUGGUGCUGAACGGGCGUGAGGAGCAGAAGGUGGCCUAUGCCUCCCGCUGGCUGCAGCACGCCGGCGCGCUCGUCCAAUCGCAUGGCCUGGAGCACGUUGCCGUGGUGAUGCUGGGCAGCGAGCGUUGUGCUAACGACUGGCUCCGCCCCUUCCUGCGAGCCGAGGGCGGGUUCGUGGAUCUGCUGUUCCUCGUGUACGACAGCCCCUGGGCAGACGAGCACCACGUCCUGCAGUGGCCCCUGGGGGUGGCAACGUGGGUUCCCAUGGAGACGGCGGACUCCCUGCGGCGGUACCAGGCUGCGCUGGCGCAGAGUGACCUCACGCUGUGCCCGGUGGGGGUGAACGCGGAGAGCUACCGGCUGUACGAGGCCAGCGCACUGGGGUCGCUGCCCGUGGUGGAGGACCGAGGGACCGAGGGGGGUUGCGCGGGCGGGGCGGGGGCCAAUCAGGGCGCUCCGCUCCGCCUGCUCAAGGCCUGGGGCGCACCCUUCCUGUUCCUGCGGCACUGGGCUGAACUCCCCGCGCUGCUGCAGAAGGAGAGGGGGAUGAGUGCUGAGGAGAAGGUGGAGAGGAGGAGGAGGCUGAUGGAGUGGUACGGAACCUUCCAGGAGAUGAAGGAGCGCUUCACCCAGCGCUGGAGGACAGCUUCUACAUGGGGGUCUGAGGGGCUGAGGGGGGGACUGAGGGGGCGGGUAUGCUGCAGAGACUGUCCUGAUGCUCCCCUGGUCAGGCCUGACGUGUUCAGUCAGGGGUGCUUCAGGUGGAACACGUCAAAUUCAUGGAUUCGACUGGGGGUCCGUGCGGAGAGGGUGCCCCAACUGCACGGGAAAGUUCUCAACUCGGAUUUAAAAUGA